GUCGAGAGCCCCACGCCCCCGGCCCGCCCCGGGAUCGCGCCGCCGCUUGUUUACUCCCCUGCGCAGCCUAGUCCGACCCUGGGGCCCGCCCCCGUCCGCCGCCUAUUGGCGGAGGCGGCUCCAGGGCUGUCGACGAUUGGCUCGGAGGAGGCGGAGGGGUAGGCUGCGCGGGAGGCCGAGAGGCGGCGGCAGGCGAUGGCGGCGGCGGCGGGUCGUCUAGGCUGGUUGCUUGCCGCGCUCUGCCUGGGCAACGCCAACGGGGAGGCGGCGCCGGGCCCGCGAGUGCUGGGCGUCUGUCUGGAGGAGGACGGAGCGGCGGGCGCGGGGUGGACGCGCGGAGGGGAGGUGCGGGCGGCGCCGGAGGCCACCUUCCGCCUGCGCCUCUUCGGCUCGGGCUUCGCCAACAGCUCCUGGUCCUGGGUGGCCCCUGAGGGGGCGGGUUGCCCCGAGGGCGGGCCGGCCGCGGCGCCCGACGAGGCGGUGGCCCCCACGGGCGAGUGGCGCGCGCUGCUGCGCCUGCGCGCCGAGGCCGCGCUCCCGCACUCGGCGCGGCUGGCGGUGCGCGGGGAGCCGGGCGGCGCGGCGGCCGAGGAGGAGGCGGUGGCCCCCACGGGCGAGGGGCGCGCGCUGCUGCGCCUGCGCGCCGAGCCCGUGCGCCCGCACUCGGCGCUGCUGGCCGUGCGUGUGGAGCCGGGCGGUGCUGCGGCCGAGGAGGCGGCGCCGCCCUGGGCUCUGGGCCUGGGGGCGGCGGGGCUGCUGGCGCUGGCGGCGCUGGCGCGGGGCCUGCAGCUGAGCGCGCUGGCGCUGGCGCCGGCCGAAGUGCAGGUGCUGCGCGAGAGCGGCUCGGAGGCGGAGCGUGCGGCGGCGCGGCGCCUGGAGCCCGCGCGGCGCUGGGCCGGCUAUGCCCUGGGCGCGCUGCUGCUGCUGGCCAGCCUGGCGCAAGCGGCGCUGGCGGUGCUGCUGUAUCGCGCGGCCGGCCAGCGCGCCGUGCCCGCCGUGCUGGGCAGCGCGGGGCUCGUGUUCCUGGUGGGCGAGGUGGUGCCGGCCGCCGUGAGCGGGCGCUGGACGUUGGCGCUGGCGCCGCGCGCGCUGAUGCUCAGCCGCCUAGCCGUGCUGCUCACCCUGCCCGUGGCGCUGCCCGUGGGCCAACUGCUGGAGCUGGCGGCGCGGCCCGGGAGGCUGCGCGAGCGCGUGCUGGAGCUGGCGCGCGGCGGCGGCGACCCCUACAGCGAUCUCAGCAAGGGCGUGCUGCCCUGCCGGACCGUGGAGGACGUGCUCACGCCUCUCGAGGACUGCUUCAUGCUGGACGCCAGCACUGUGCUGGACUUCGGCGUCCUGGCCAGCAUCAUGCAGAGCGGCCACACGCGCAUCCCGGUGUACGAGGAUGAGCGCUCCAACAUCGUGGACAUGCUCUACCUCAAGGACUUGGCCUUCGUGGACCCCGAAGACUGCACGCCGCUCAGCACCAUCACCCGCUUCUACAACCACCCACUCCACUUCGUCUUCAACGACACCAAGCUGGACGCCGUCCUGGAGGAGUUCAAGCGAGGAAAGUCCCACCUGGCCAUCGUGCAGAAGGUGAACAAUGAGGGCGAAGGUGACCCCUUCUACGAGGUGCUGGGCCUGGUCACCCUGGAGGACGUCAUCGAGGAGAUCAUCAAGUCCGAGAUUCUGGACGAGUCUGAGGACUACCGAGACACCGUGGUGAAGAAGAAGCCUGCGUCUCUGAGCGCCCCUCUCAGGCAGAAAGAGGAGUUCUCCCUGUUCAGGGUGUCUCACGAUGAAUAUAAAGUGAAAAUCUCACCUCAGCUGCUCUUGGCCACCCAGCGCUUCCUUUCCCGAGAGGUGGAUGUAUUCAGCCCGCUACGAAUCUCUGAGAAGGUCCUACUGCACCUGCUGAAGCAUCCCAGUGUGAACCAGGAAGUGAGGUUUGACGAGAGCAACCGCCUGGCCGCACACCACUACCUGUACCAGCGCAGCCAGCCGGUGGACUAUUUCAUCCUCAUCCUGCAGGGCAGGGUUGAGGUGGAGAUCGGGAAAGAGGGCUUGAAGUUCGAGAACGGGGCCUUCACCUACUACGGAGUGUCCGCCCUGAUGGCGCCCUCCUCGGUUCACCAGUCCCCGGUGUCCUCGCUCCAGUCCAUCCGCCAUGACCCACCGCCCGAGCCCACUGACAGCACCCGCUUGUCUGCGUAUUGUCCCGACUACACCGUGAGGGCCCUCUCUGACCUGCAGUUCAUCAAGGUCACGCGGCUGCAGUACCUCAAUGCACUCCUGGCCACCCGAGCCCAGGCCCUGCCGCAGUCCCCUGAGAACGUGGACCUCCAGGCCGUCCCAGGCAGCCAGACCAGGCUUCUCGGUGACAAGACAGCCACAGCCACAGGGUCCAGCCACAGCAGACCGGGCCUCCCGGCGGAGGAGAGCCCCGGGCGGAACCCGGGAGUUUAACCGCUUGCCAGGUAGCCCCAGGUCUGGGGAACGGACAAGCACGUGGGGAACUGGAGCGAGCCGAGGAGCGGCUUCCUGCCAGCCUGUCCCCGUCCCCUGCAGGCCACGUUUUAGAUGGCCCUCAUAGGUGCGGGUCCUGGCUGUCCGCAGAACCAGACAUUGGUGCCGGGAGCCUUCAGCAGGUCCUGCCCCGCUUUAGGAGAUGGGGGUCCGCUGGGGCCAGCCCUUCAGGCCUGCCUCUAAAUGGAAUGCAAGGAACAGCAUCAUCUCCAGUCCUUGGGCCCACCUCGCCCACCUCCCUGUGACAGUGCAGUGUGUUUAUACCUCUUCUGGCCAAGCCACGAUGUGAGUGCACGAUUACUGCCUUUAUGUGGCCGUGACCUGCAGUCUCUUUGCUUUUAAUUUGCCAACCUUCUGCUGCUGGCAGCACUUUCUGAGCAAACCAAGAGCCUCAGUGUGGGCUGGGGGUUCACAUCCAUGGCCUUGGCCACGGUGACCUUUCUGGCUUCCCUUAUGAUGCCAUGCUUCAGAGCUCGCACCCAGCCUGUCCCAUGUGCCAAACCUGGAAGCAAGUCUGUCCCACUAGCCCCGCUCCCUCCUGUGGAGGUGGCUUUUCUCACCCCGUCCCGAGCCUGGAGCAAGCACACUGGCCCUGGCAGAGCUGAGGAGCCUGUUCUUCCUGCUGCUCCCCUGCCUGCCUGGCUCAGUAGCCACUAACAGUAUUGUCAUUUUCUGUGUUUUAAGAGGAGGUCACACGUGGGAGGAAGGGAUCACUCUGCAGCACCUCGUCCUUCGUCACUGGAUCCCAGGGAGGGUACCCCGAGGCCCCCGGGGUGCCGGAUGGCUGUAAAGUGCAUGGAGAGCAGUGAGGGAGGCAAGGGGCUGGUUGUGGACCAGGUAGACCCCCAUCACCUUGCUUUGGAAAAAAGAACAUGAAAUCAAAGUUUUUCUUAGAUCUUUGAAACAUUUCAAGCUCUUUGAUUUUUCCCUGUUCUUGCUCUGGGGUAUUAGAGAAGUGGGAGUAAGAAGGCAUUUUUCUCGUCUUCUGGUUUGCCUAAAUUCACCUUCCACGGUGCUUCAGCUGCGCAGAAACCGGGGCAUCACGGGGACCGAGGAUAGGAGGAAGGAGGAUUUCUGGAACUUUUCUCAAAGACAUUUGGGUCCUUAUCCAGGAUCAUUGGGAAUGAAGGCCAAAAAACAGUGCCAUGCUCGCUUAGAAACUCUUCUCAAGGAAUUCCUCUAAGAGCAAGCCCAGGUGGGAAAUAGAUACUGUAAAUUUCUCUCUCUCCAAAACAGUGGUUCUUAACCUUGGCUGUGCAUUGGAAUCACACGGCAAAUGAAAAAUACUGAUACCUGGGGCCCACCCCCGAGGGAUUCUGAUUUAAUCAGUCCUGGCAUCAGGAUUUUAUUCUUUAAAAUUAUUUUAGGUUCAUAGGUCAUAUACCCUUCACACCCGCUUCCUUGAACGUUAUCUCACAUAACCUCAGUGCAUUUAUAGAAACUAAAAAAUUAACACGGGUACAAAACUAUUAACUGAAUUACAGAUUUCACUUGGGUUUUUAUCUGAUUUUCCAUAAUUUCCCUUUCCUGUUGCAGGAUACAAUCCAGGGUACCAAGUUGCAUUUAGAGCUAUUGCUUUUUUUUUUUCCUCCCGUAACUUUUUACUUUGAAAUAAUUACAGAUUCAUAGGAAGUUGCAAAGAUAGAGGUCCCAUGUACUCUUCACCCAAUUUUCCUCAAUGGUUACAUCUUACACAGUUACAAUGCAGUAUCAAAAGCAGGAAUCUGACACUGGUGCAAUGUGGGCAUGUAGUUCUAUAGCAUCUUAUCACAUGUAGACUUGUGUAACCACCACUGCAAUCUAGAUACAGGACCGUUCCUCACUAGGAUCUCCCUCCAACAGACCCUUUUAGAGCCCCCCCCCCCCCCCCCCAGGCCACUGUCCCUAGUCCCUGGCUACCAGUAAUCUGUCCAUCUCUGUAAUUUUUGUCAUUUCAAGAAUGUUGUAUGAAUGGGAUCCUACAGUACGUAACCAUUGGGAUGGGCUUUUUUCACUCGGCAUAAUGUUCUGGAGUCUCCUCUGGGCUGUUGCACGUGUCAGCGGCUCAUUCCUUCUUGGUUGCUGCGUGGUAUUCCAUCAUAUACUCACUGUCCUGUCUAAGGGCAUCUGGGUGGUUUCCGGUUUUUGGCUAUUCCAAAUAAAGCUGCUAUGAACAUUCAUUACAGGUUCUUGUGUAAACAUUGGUUUUCUUUUCUCUGAGCUAAAUAUCUAGGAGUACAAUUGCCAGGUUGUAUGGUUAUUGCGUAUUUAGGUUUUAAAAGAAACUGUCAAACUUUUUCAGAGUGCCUGUACAACUUUACGUUCCCACCAGCAGUGCGUGUUUUUCCAAAUCCUCUCCAGAAUUUGGUGUUGUCACUAUUUUCUAUUUUAGCCAUUCUGGUAAGUGUUUAGUGCUAUCUGGUGGGUUUUAUUUGCAUUUCCCUAAUGGCUGAUGUAUAUUUCUUCAUGUGCUUAUUUCACUUUGUGAAAUGUCUGUUCAUGUCUUUUGCCCAUUUUCUAAUUAGAUUGUUUGGUUUUUUUACUGCUGAGUUUUGAGAAUCCGUUAUAUAUUCUAAAUACGAGGCUUUAUUGUGUUUUUGGUUUGCAAAUGUUUUCUCCUAAUCUGUAGGUUAUUUUCUCAUCCUCUUAACAGGAUUUUUUACAGAGUGAAAGUUUAAAAUUUUGAUGAAUUCCAAUUUACUGAUUUUUUUAAUGGAUUAUGCUUUAGGUGUCAUGUCUAAGAAUCUUUAUCUAGUCCUUGACUGUGAUUUUGUUUUUGUAAAAUUUUAUAGUUUUAAUUUGCAUUUAAUUUAAGUUCAUGACCCAUUUUGAGAUUUUUGUUGUUGUUGUUGUGGCCUAUAGAUGUCCAGUUCCUUCAGCAUCAUUUGUUGUAAAGCAUACCUUUUCCUCUGUUGAAUAACUUUUGCAUCUUUUGGCAUAUUUAUUGUGUCUAUUUCUGGGUUGUCUAUUCUGUUCCACUGACUGAUGUGUCUGUCUCUCCAUUGGUACCACGUUGUUUUGAUUAUUAUAGCUAUUUAAUAGGUUCUGAAAUUGGGUAGGUUGAUUUCUCCCAUUUUGUUCUUUCCCAGAGUUGUUUUCGUUUUAAAUUUUAGAAUAAUCUUGUUGGGUAGGAACUGCGAUAAACUUGUGUAUCAAUUUGGGUGGAACUGACAUCUUUUCUCAGUUGUCUUUCAAUCCAUGUGUAUGUCUCCAUUUAUUUAAAUCUUUGAUUAUAUUCAUCAGCAUUUGGUAGUUUUUAGCAUACAGGUCCUUACAUGUUUUGUUAGAUUUACAUCUAAGUAGGUUUUCUUUUUAGCACUUAUAAAUGGUACUGCGUUUAAUUUAAGUAUUCAGAAUCAUUGCUAGUAUGUAGAAAAAGGGUUUUGUAUGUUUAUUUGAAUGUUGGGAUCUUGCCAGAACUCCCUUAUUCUAAGUGGCUUCUUUUUUGGCCGUUCCGUGCAGCAUGCGGGAUCUUAGUUCCCUGACCAGGGAUCGAACCUGUGCGACCCUGCAGUGGAAGCUCAGAGUGUUAUCCACUGGGCCGCCAGAAAAGUCCCUGUGUUUUUGUUUUUGUAGCUUCCUUAGGCUCUCCUACAUAGACAAGCAUGUCAUCUGCAUGAUAAUGCUGCUAUCUGGGUCCAAACCUAGGGAUUCUGACUUAAUCCAUCUGGACAUCGGGCUUUUUUAA